AUGUUGUCCGCUGCUAAAGUGCGUAUUCAUGGUAUGCAAGAUGAGAACUGGGUGAUCAAGGAUAAAAUUAAUCAGUAUCGAGGACUAAUUAAACUAUAUGAAAGAGACCGUAAGAUACAUGAAGGCGACUUGGCAAAGCAGAAAAAACGCUACUGCCGCGAUAUUCGGCAAUUACGAAAGGAUAUUACGGGUAAACGUGAAGAACUGCAGGUGGCAGUGUAUGGGGACAAGCAGUUUCUACGAAAUGCUUUCCAAGAGCACAGACGGUUACAGCUCACGUACAUGAAUAGUCAAGCCGAUAGAGUGUUGGAGAGUAUACAUCAAGAAAAUUUCAAUAAGCGUAAACAACUUGAUAGAAUCAGAUACACGAAAAAGAGAAAAAUGGAACAAUUUCGCCAAAUACAACUUCAGUCGGCCGAGUUGCGAGAUCGUCUCCUUUAUGAAGUCGGCGGAAAACUCCCGGCCGAAAAAAAGGAGCAGGCGGUCGCUAAUUAUGUCCAACGAGCCAAUAUUAAAAAGAAUGCGGCUUUGGCCAUAAAGGUCAUGUAUAAGAAAAUAUUGGAUAUCUUAAAGAAGGACUCUUCAUACUUCACAGUAGUUUUAGAAGCGCUUAAAUUGGACUGUCGGGCGCAAGGCAAGUGCUUAAUGGGGGCCACUGAGAUGGGACAGCUAGCUAUGGAAUACUUAGACGAUAGAAAGUUUGAAUUUAGUAAAUUGGAAAAGGAAAUUAAAGCAAAUAUGAAGGAAAGAGAAAGAACUUUGAAGUUAGUACGAAGAGAAGUAGCCUUCUUAACUGACUCGUUUCCUAAUUUAAUAAGAAAGGAGGAAGCUACAAAUCUCGACGAUUUAUAUGAAGACGAUGACGCAAUCAGUCAACAUUCGGUCCACUGGGAGCUAGAAGAGGUAAUGGGAAUCUGCAAACGAUUGCAGAAAGCGACGCUGGUUCCGUCAUUCGAAAAUAUUCUUUUGAGAUUGAAAGAACAGCGGUACCAAUCGGAACGUCUCAUGACGCAGCUGACUCUCAACAGUAUGAAGAGAGAUGCCCUUAUGGAAGACCGUAAGCACGCUAUAAUAAUGCUCGAUUCAUUAAAGAACAUGGGACAAGAGAGAACCGCGCAGUACAUACAGGAUAAGAAACGUUUUCGAGCUGAGCUAGAGGUUGAGGAGCGUGAAGAAAAAAAUAUUACACGACAACUUGACGAGAAAGGACGACUAAUUAUUGAGAUGAAGACUUCCUUGCAGCAGAUAAACCAACUCCUUUCUAGCGUAGGAGCACCAAACGUGCAAAGGCCGAUGAAAGGUGCACCCUCAGCCCUACAAUAUGCACUCGAUGAUGUACUCCAGCCGGUACCCGAACUCGAAGCUGACUUUGACAAACUGCUCCUAAAUGCUCGCCAGAAGAUAAACUUGCUGAUCCAGGCGGUUUCCAAAAUGGAAGUGGACGAUGAAGUCAAGAGUAAUGCUCGUCUUUUCUACCACAACAUACUCGCCAGGUUUAUGAGGGAUAAUUAUAGAGAAGAGGCGGUAGCUGAAGGAGGUUUGAUUGAAUUCGAAAUGGAGGAUCCGAAUGUGCCCAGCCAUGCAAUUAUCAAGCUACGAAGCAAGCAACUCGUGGACGCUCAAGUCAGCGAGUUCGAUGUACCAGAUGUUCCAGCAAAGAAGUAACUGACUUAACGCAAUAAUAAAUACAGACGAAUAGUGAAGAAGUCAGUUCAGUUUACAUUUUUAUAUAUUAUUUUGUUAUUCAACUUUUCUAGAUAAAUUGUUAGACGUUCUUGUAACAUUUAUGAAAAGAAAAUAAAUUCCUAAGAAAUUGUAACUUCGCAGGAAUGGAAGCUUAUUAGCUUAGGUAUUAUAUGUUGCGACACGUAUUGUUAACGUGCAACGUGAUGUCACAAGUUAGUUUAUACCUAUUUACUUCAAGACUAAAUAAAAAA